AUGGCGGACCAGCUGACUGAGGAGAUGCAAAAGUUCGUGAGUACCGAGCCUGGAACCUGUCCAAGAUCGCAGUUGCAUGAGGAGCAGAUCGCCGAGUUCAAGGAGGCCUUCUCCCUCUUCGACAAGGAUGGCGACGGAACCAUCACCACCAAGGAUGGGCGUGAGCUGGGCACUGUGAUGCGCUCGCUGGGCCAGAACCCCACGGAGGCCGAGCUGCAGGACAUGAUCAACGAGGUGGAUGCCGAUGGCAACGGAACCAUCGACUUCCCCGAGUUCCUGUCCUUGAUGGCUCGCAAGAUGAAGGACACCGACACGGAGGAAGAGCUCAUCGAGGCAUUCAAGGUCUUCGACCGCGAUGGCAACGGUUUCAUCAGCGCGGCGGAACUGCGUCACGUGAUGACCAACCUGGGCGACUGCCUGAGUGGUUCUGGAGGGGGCGCGGGGGGUGCUGGUGUGGGUGGAUGCGAGAAGCUCACGGACGAAGAGGUCGACGAGAUGAUCCGCGAGGCCGAUGUGGACGGUCCGGACCUGAGUCACCCGAGCGAUGGCCAGAUCAACUACGAGGAGUUCGUGAAGAUGAUGAUGGCCAAGUGUAGGCUAAUGCAUGCUGAUGAUUCCUGUGCGUCUGCAGAUAUCUUGGAAGCCAUUCCAAUCCCGGAUUUGACAGUUGCCGAAGAAAAGGCGACCGCCCGCUGCUUUGCUCAGCACCAGCUCGAGAGGUUUGCAGGCCGUGUAGUCGAAGCAUUCGCUACAUUUCUCGCCAUGGCGGACCAGCUGACUGAGGAGAUGCAGAAGUUCGUGAGUACCGAGCCUGGAACCUGUCCAAGAUCGCAGUUGCAUGAGGAGCAGAUCGCCGAGUUCAAGGAGGCCUUCUCCCUCUUCGACAAGGAUGGCGACGGAACCAUCACCACCAAGGAGCUGGGCACUGUGAUGCGCUCGCUGGGCCAGAACCCCACGGAGGCCGAGCUGCAGGACAUGAUCAACGAGGUGGAUGCCGAUGGCAACGGAACCAUCGACUUCCCCGAGUUCCUGUCCUUGAUGGCUCGCAAGAUGAAGGACACCGACACGGAGGAAGAGCUCAUCGAGGCAUUCAAGGUCUUCGACCGCGAUGGCAACGGUUUCAUCAGCGCGGCGGAACUGCGUCACGUGAUGACCAACCUGGGCGCCUGCCUGAGUGGUUCUGGAGUGGGUGGAUGUGAGAAGCUCACGGACGAAGAGGUCGACGAGAUGAUCCGCGAGGCCGAUGUGGACGGUCCGGACCUGAGUCACCCGAGCGAUGGCCAGAUCAACUACGAGGAGUUCGUGAAGAUGAUGAUGGCCAAGUGUAGGCUAAUGCAUGCUGAUGUUUCCUGUGCGUCGGCAGAUAUCUUGGAAGCCAUUCCAAUCCCGGAUUUGACAGUUGCCGAAGAAAAGGCGACCGCCCGCUGCUUUGCUCAGCACCAGCUCGAGAGGUUUGCAGGCCGUGUAGUCGAAGCAUUCGCUACAUUUCUCGCCAUGGCGGACCAGCUGACUGAGGAGAUGCAGAAGUUCGUGAGUACCGAGCCUGGAACCUGUCCAAGAUCGCAGUUGCAUGAGGAGCAGAUCGCCGAGUUCAAGGAGGCCUUCUCCCUCUUCGACAAGGAUGGCGACGGAACCAUCACCACCAAGGAGCUGGGCACUGUGAUGCGCUCGCUGGGCCAGAACCCCACGGAGGCCGAGCUGCAGGACAUGAUCAACGAGGUGGAUGCCGAUGGCAACGGAACCAUCGACUUCCCCGAGUUCCUGUCCUUGAUGGCUCGCAAGAUGAAGGACACCGACACGGAGGAAGAGCUCAUCGAGGCAUUCAAGGUCUUCGACCGCGAUGGCAACGGUUUCAUCAGCGCGGCGGAACUGCGUCACGUGAUGACCAACCUGGGUGAGAAGCUCACGGACGAAGAGGUCGACGAGAUGAUCCGCGAGGCCGAUGUGGACGGCGAUGGCCAGAUCAACUACGAGGAGUUCGUGAAGAUGAUGAUGGCCAAGUGUAGGCUAAUGCAUGCUGAUGUUUCCUGUGCGUCGGCAGAUAUCUUGGAAGCCAUUCCAAUCCCGGAUUUGACAGUUGCCGAAGAAAAGGCGACCGCCCGCUGCUUUGCUCAGCACCAGCUCGAGAGGUUUGCAGGCCGUGUAGUCGAAGCAUUCGCUACAUUUCUCGCCAUGGCGGACCAGCUGACUGAGGAGAUGCAGAAGUUCGUGAGUACCGAGCCUGGAACCUGUCCAAGAUCGCAGUUGCAUGAGGAGCAGAUCGCCGAGUUCAAGGAGGCCUUCUCCCUCUUCGACAAGGAUGGCGACGGAACCAUCACCACCAAGGAGCUGGGCACUGUGAUGCGCUCGCUGGGCCAGAACCCCACGGAGGCCGAGCUGCAGGACAUGAUCAACGAGGUGGAUGCCGAUGGCAACGGAACCAUCGACUUCCCCGAGUUCCUGUCCUUGAUGGCUCGCAAGAUGAAGGACACCGACACGGAGGAAGAGCUCAUCGAGGCAUUCAAGGUCUUCGACCGCGAUGGCAACGGUUUCAUCAGCGCGGCGGAACUGCGUCACGUGAUGACCAACCUGGGCGAGAAGCUCACGGACGAAGAGGUCGACGAGAUGAUCCGCGAGGCCGAUGUGGACGGCGAUGGCCAGAUCAACUACGAGGAGUUCGUGAAGAUGAUGAUGGCCAAGUGA